AUGACUGGACGACCAUCCGAGACUGCCAUCAUCUGGCCCGCUCUGCAAGCUGCGAGUGCUGUCACCAUACAAGCAGAUCCGGACGACAUCACCGUCAUGGCUAUCACUUAUCUCAGCUCAGAAUCAAGUUUGUGGAACCUCUGCUGCCAGAGACGGCGCCUGCAGUCAGGAUUUCAAGGACCUGAAGUGAACAUGACCUCGCUCAUCGUCAAUCGAGUGAUCAAAGAAUCCCACGGAAUUUUCAGGCUGGCCACUUUACAGCUUGUUUCGCUGAAGCACCAUUGCGAUGACAUAUUUGAGCUUCGGGCUCAACUUGAUCACCUAAGAGGCACAGUCAAUGGCUACUACGAUGAAAUAUGGGACAGAAUCAUGCUCCUGAAAGCAAGAAAGAGACGCUUGGUACUGAACCUCCUUGCCUGGGUUACAUUCUCAAAAGAGCCCUUGAGACAUCGAGAAUUGUCCGUUGGACUUGCCAUAGAGCGAGCAGACUCUGGCGAAUGUGUUGAAGUCGUAUCCCCUCUGGAAGUCAAAUCCUUAGUGGCGUUUACAGAAGGCCUGCUUACCAUACAGACUUCUCAGCCACAUGUGAUAGGUCCGAGAGAACAAAAGCGUGUGCGAAGACUAAUCGUAGCAUUCGCUGCUCAUUUGAAGGAGCCAAGAAACGAUGGAAAUGUUGGCAACAACGCCGCCGACGACGAUAACGAUGACGAAAGCACUGCAUCGGACACUUCUUGCAUGAGCACCGAGACGAUAGCUCGUUGUAUGGGUGGCGACAAAAUGUCUUUCGCGCAUGAGACGGCGCUAGUCUAUCUUCGAAAAAGGCUUAACAACAUAAGACAUGACGCGCAGAGCACGAUUCUGGCUACCUGCUUCAAAUGUUCCACUCUGUCCGAAGGCAGGGAGACGCCGGAGGUUGCCCUAGACUAUGACAAACUUAGCGCCGUGGCAAUCAGGGAGAACAUUCCUUCGCUCAUGCAGCAUGUCUCCGAACAGCGAAAUGCGUUCGAGAAGUGGGCUUAUCGUGCGUGGGCCAAGCAUGUAUUUGAUCUGGAUAGCCCAGAGGCCGCUUCGGGUCACCGCAUCCCUCUUGUGUACCUCAAGAGGAUUUUGUCGCAACACAAGAAAGACGAAGCACACAUCAUGCGAACAUGCUUAGAAGACCACGACGCAAAUGGACUCAAGUGGAUCCUGCGACUGGGCGCUGAUCCCAACAAAGUUUAUGUGGACUAUGGCGAGGGAAUCAAGCCGACAAUCCUAGAGCAUGCGUUAGCGUUCUACAAGUCGAAGGCAGCGCUUCAGUUGUUACAACACCCAACCUCUCACCAAACCGGCAGGUCUCUCGAUAUCACGAGACUCAUGCUAUCCUCCAGGGCAGCCAUGCCCAGUGACCAGAUCGAGUCGAGUAUCUUCCAGCUACUGCUGGAACGAGGCAUACUGGACCCCAACUACCGCGAUGAACAAGAUGAGUACUUGCUUCUCGAAUUCUUGUCGUACCACCAAAGGUUACGCACGAACCGGCGCGAUGAGCUGAGUCUCCGAAAUCUACAGCUUCUGUUAGAGCACCCUCUCACCGAUGUCAACGUUCGCAGUCGGGAUGACCAGACCAUUUUACACUUCGCGUCUAUGAAUGACAACCCCACGCACGCUGUGGUUAGGGAUACCAUUUGUCGUUGUCGGCAAGAUUUCGAUGUCAACGCCCUGAAUAAGUACGGCCUGACGCCACAUAUGGCUGCUGUUGCGGCGGGCGAAGAUAAGAUAGUAAGGCAAUUGCUUGCUGCCAACAACGAGACUGGACAUCAGAGCCCCCGAAGGUCCCAGUAUACUCCAGCUUGCAGUAGAGCAGAUCUGCGUGGACCCGACCCGUUCAAGGCAACACAUUCUGGACAUGCUGCUCUCGAGUGA